AAAGGUUACAAAGUGUAAACGCUCAUAUUUAGUGAGAAGGUGAUCUCUAAACUAAUCAACAUGAAACUGUACGUUGUGCUUUUGUGCAUUGCUGUUGUUUACGCCGAAGAAAAAGAAUCUUCGUCAGAAGAACUUGAUCUUGACUUCCUGGAGAAGUUUUUUUCAUUCAAGGGCAAUAAACAUAUGAAAGAUGCUCGUGAUAUUUUCAAUAAGACCCAAGAGAAAUGCCCAAACCUAAAAACAGACGCCGAGGAUGUUUUGAAAAAAGUUGGAGAAUGUGUUGUGAAAAUAGAAAUGGGAUCUAAGACAAUCUGUCAAGUAAUCAAGGAAAAAAUUCCAAAAUGUUCCAAACCAAUUAUAGAUCUCAUAACGCCUUGCGUCGAAGAACAACAUCAGUAUCUGGUACGUCUCACAUUCAAGAUGGUCCAAGCGUUGAUGGAUCAGGCCUGCAACUCAACUGUUGAGGAAUUAUUAGGUUGGUUUUAUAUCGGGUUUUCCAAUAGGGACUUGACAACUUUGAUCUUUCACUGUGAACACACCGUUAAAUCAACUACCGAACUGUCAAUGUCAAAAUAUUCAGUAAAGAAAACGUUUUCAUUACGAACGAACAACGCUUACAAAUAAUUAAAGUUUACUACCGAAAUUUCGAAUCGGUGACUGCGUUAACGAUAACUUUUGGUCGUAAUUCUCGUCUCAGCAGACAAGUAAUUCAUAGUCUAGUAAAAAAUUGAGUCCACAUAUUCGGUGCUGGAUGUUCCCGUGCCAGUCAGGCAACGGGUUGGUCGAAGUACCGAGAAUAUUGCUGCCGUUCCACUUUCCGUCGCAAACGAACAGAACACGUCGCGAAUUUUGCGAAGAAAUCUUGGCCUGCACUCUUAUAAGAUCAAGUUAACUCAAAAACUAAAGCCGUUCGAUCAUAUGAACUGACGUCGGUUCUCGAUUGGUCUCUAGAAAUGUUGCAAGAAAAUUAUCACUUUCAUCUC